AUGGCAGGAAAGAAAGUCGAUCCAAAGGCACAGCAGAAAAAGGACAAAGCACCAAAGAAAGUAGAAGCUAAAAAAUGGACAAAGACUGAAAGCAAGGCUAAGCAGUUAAAGACAUCCGUAAUUACUCAGGACAUCUUCAACAAAAUAAAGAAGGAAGUGCUUAACAUGUCAUUAAUUACACCAGCUACAAUUGCAGCAAGAAACAACUUUGAAGUAGCACUUGCAAAGAACAUUCUGGACCAAAUUGUUGAAAGUGGUGAAAUAGAAAUUAUUGCUAAGUCAUCAUUCGGUAGAAUAUACGGCAAGAAAGAGGCCAAGGAAGUCAAAGAGAUUAAGGAAGAGGCUAUCUCUGCAUAA